AGAGGCACCAUGGGCAAACUACUCAUUUGCGUUGGACUGGCUCUCCUGCUGCAUGUGCAGCUAGGAUCCUCCUACAUCCUCUCCUGUUAUUUCACUAACUGGGGACAGUACCGUCCCGGAGCAGGAAAGUAUUUCCCCACCAACGUUGACCCAUGUCUCUGUGACCAUCUGAUCUAUGCCUUUGCUGGAAUGGGCAACAACAUGAUCAAGACCUACGAGUGGGAUGAUGAGAAACUCUACGCACAGUUCCAGGCCCUGAAGAACCAGAACAGCAACCUGAAGACUCUGCUGGCCAUUGGAGGAUGGAACUUUGGCACUGCAAAGUUCACAGCUAUGGUGUCUUCCCCUGCCAAUCGUCAGACCUUUAUCGACAGCGUGAUCAAGUUCCUGCGUCAGUACCAGUUUGAUGGUCUGGAUAUCGACUGGGAGUACCCCGGCUCUCGUGGCUCCCCACCUCAGGAUAAGGAGCGCUUCACCGUCCUCGUCCAGGAGUUGAUGAGUGCUUUCGAGGCUGAGGGCAAGAAGACCAACCGUCCUCGUCUGAUGCUGACUGCUGCUGUGUCCGCUGGAAAGGGAACGAUUGACUCCGGAUACCAGAUUGCCCAGAUUGGAGCUGUGCUGGACUACUUCCACGUGAUGACCUAUGACUUCCACGGUUCUUGGGAGCACAAUGUCGGAGAGAACAGCCCUCUGUACAAGGGCCCCGCUGACCAGGGAGCCAUGAUCUACUUCAACGUGGACUAUGCUAUGAACUACUGGAAGAGCAAUGGUGCCCCAGCUGAGAAGCUUCUGGUUGGUUUCCCCACCUAUGGUCACACUUUCCGUCUUGCUUCCUCUAACACCGCUGUGGGAGCUCCCGCCAGUGGACCUGGACCUGCUGGACCUUUCACCCGUCAGGCUGGAUUCUGGGCCUACUAUGAGAUCUGCACCUUCCUGAAGCAAGGAGCCACCCAGGCUUGGGAUGCCCCCCAGGAAGUGCCAUAUGCCUACCACCAGGGAACCUGGGUUGGAUAUGACAAUGUUAAGAGCUUCCAGAACAAGAUUCAGUGGCUGAAGCAGAGCGGUUUCGGAGGAGCCAUGGUGUGGAGUCUGGACCUGGAUGACUUCAGUGGCACUUUCUGUGGCCAGGGAAAAUACCCACUGAUCAACACCAUCAAGAGUGGACUGGGAACUGGAACUUCCUGCACAGCUCCCAUUAACCCCAACCCUCCAGUCACACCCACUCACCAGCCUCCUCCCCAGCCUGGCGGUGGUGGCAGCAGCGGUGGUGGCAGCAGCAGUGGUGGCAGCAGUGGUGGCAGCACUGGAUCUGGCUUCUGCGCUGGAAAGGCUAACGGACUGUACCCAGACCCAACUGACAAGAACCACUUCUAUGAGUGCGACCAGGGACAGACCUACCUUCAGCACUGUGCUGUUGGCCUGGUCUUUGAUGACAGCUGCAAGUGCUGCAACUGGGCUUAAAUCACCAUUGGUAGAACUUAACACUAGUUGUUCAUAAGUUAGGAGCUGGGUCAACGAUCA